AUGCGAUUGAUUGAAGAGGUGAAAGCUCAUCUUCAACACUUUAGGGAGACAGGAUGGGAGAAUUUUUUGGGAGAAGUUACUUCUUUUUGUAAGGAGAACUCAAUUGAUGUGCCUAAUAUGGAGGAUAAUAUGCCAAUUCGUGGUCGUUCUAGGCGGGAAGGACAAUUCAUUACUCAUUUUCACCAUUAUCGUGUAAAGAUUUUUUGUGAGGUUAUUGCUUUGAUUUCUCAAGAAAUGCUCAACCUCUUUCCUGAAGCUAGCACGGAGUUACUUCUUUUGGUAUCAUGCCUUGAUCCUAGGGACUCAUUUUCUAAAUUCAACAUCCAUAAGCUACUCCGUCUUGUAGAGAUGUAUCCUGAAGACUUCUCAGUGACUGAAUGUAUAAUGCUUGAGGAUCAACUUGCUACUUUCAUUUAUGAUGUGCGACAUGAUGAUGAUUUUGCAAAUGUCGGGGACUUGGGAGGUUUUGUUAUAAAGAUAGUUGAUACUGGCAAAUCGAUGAAUAUAGUGAAAACUGACUUGCGCAACAAAAUGGGAGACGAGUGGAUGAACGAUAGCAUGAUUGUCUAUAUUGAGAAAGAGGUUUUUGCAACUAUUGACAAUGAGGGGAUUCUAAAAUGUUUUCAGAAAAUGCAAACUCGCCGUGUUCAGUUACCUCCUUUGAGUAGAAUGCGUCGCACAGAUUUGUGA